CCUCCCCUCUCCCCUACUCACUAGCCGCUCUGGCGGAAAGUCAGGGUUUGGGGAACAACCCUCUUGCACAGAAGCCAGCCCUUCCGGCUGGCUGGAGGCCUUGGGCACAGGCAAGCCCUGCUCUCUGAGCCUCAGUUUCCCCAGGAGGUUGGGCCCGGGGCACAGAGAGGCAGGGAGGCCCAGGCGGGUGCGUCUGGAGGUAGGUGGGCAGAGUCGGUGCCCAAGCGUCGGCUCCACAGCUGAAGGCUCCCGGCAGCCCUCCCCGGGGGUCAUCUCCCCUCCCUCCCAGCCUGCACCCAAGCCUCCUGCCGCCCCCUCCCCUCCCCUCCAAUUAAAGGUCCUCAACGCUAAUCGCUGCCGGUUGACUCAGCCCCUGGCCUCGCUUCCCUAACGAGGCCUUUGUCCCCUUAAUUGGCUAUCUCCAGGCGCCUUUCUCUGCCCCCCACCAUGCUGCCCUGUCCCAUAUCCCAGGUCCAACUAUGUGCUAAUUGGGCCCCUGGGGGGCACACAUAAAGCCCCCCCUCACCUUCCUAUAUCAGCCUCCACCUACGGGCUCCUCAAAGCUCAGCAUCCAGCCUCCAGGAGGUGGGGAUGAGGCACCGGAGGGAGGGCCUGCCCUAAUUCUCGGGGCCCUGUCUCCUCCAACCAGAGCGGUGGCCCCCCUCCAGAGUCGGCCUACCCUGCCCAGAGCCCUCUCUCCUGUCUGCCUCCCCAGCCCCGAGCCCCCAGCCCCGGCUGCUCCUCUCUCCUCAGAUGUGGAAGCAGCUUUCUGACCAGCAGCGAUACUGUGGAGGGGCUAUUCUAGAUCACCCCAGCCAUGCACCCCGGGGCCCCCACAGCCUCUGGGGGCUCUGAGCCCAGCCCUCGGGAGCUGUGUGCCUUCGUGAGUGGGGCAGCCGCCCACGUGCUGCGCGCCCUACACCCUCGGAGGACCCGGCCCCCCAAAAGGAGGCCCAACCACAGGAGGUUUCUGCACAACCAGAUCUGCAGGCAGUUUGCCAACAUUGAGGCUGCCACCCAGCGCCUGGCCCUGUCUAUCCUGUCUCAGAAGGCACCUCCCCAGAGACCGCCACCCCGAAGGCCGCCCCCGCCGCCUCCGUCCCCCUUCCUGGGGGUGGCCUGUGCUGUGGCCCCCACUGAGGAGCCCUGCGCCAGCCCCGGCCCAAGUCUCGCCGCCCUGGAUGCCUCCACCCUCGACCUCUUUGAUGACAUUGCACUCACCCCAGAGUGUCCCUCAGUGCCAUCUGGUCUAUCCCACUGUGCUUGGGGCCAGCCAGACCUGAGGCAGGCCUCACAUUUCUAUAACCGCCUGCCCCCUACCCCGAAUGCACUGGAGGAAGUGGACGGGCUCUGGCCUCCUGAGGGGGACUGGGUGGGCAGGUGGGAGGUGCCUUGUGCCUGUCACUCUCAGGGAACCCCUGAGGGCUGGGGGAGCUGCUCCCCAUGAUGCCCAACCCAC